AUGAUGCAGGCGGUCCUUGAAGAUGUGAAGCGUGCGGAGGAGCAUGUUCUCAAUUUCAAGGGCUCAAUCAAGGGUCAUCGAGUGGUCAACCGCAACAGGGCGCGUAGGCAUUUGAUAUUGAUGGACGACUACUUUGCCAAGGAUGCACUCUUCGCUGACCAUUUUCGCCCGUGUUUUUGGAUCCGCAAAACUGUCUUCGAUCGUUUAUACCAUGGCGCUCGCUCAUAUGAUGACUACUUCGUCUUGAAGAAGGACGUCGUGGAAACGAUCGGCUUCUCUGGUUACCAGAAGUGCACGGCCGCACCACGGAUGCUUGCAUAUGGCACGGCCGCUGAUUCGUGGGAUGAGUACCUACAAAUGUCUAAGAGCACAUGCGGAGAUGCCAUGGUCAGGUUUGCAACUGUCGUGGUCGAGGUGUUCGUACCACCGUACCUGAGAGAACCAACUGUUGCUGACACCGAGAGGCUCUUGACAAUCUCGGAAGCACGAGGGUGGCCAGGUUUGCUUGGAUCUCUUGACUUCAUGCAAUGGAAAUGGAGAAACUGCUCGAAGGCUUUACAAGGGUAA